AUAUAAUAUUCCAUUUAUAUGAAAACUGGUAAUCGGAACAGUAACAAAGGAAGCCAAGGAGGCAGAAAAAAUAAAGGUAGAAGAGGAGCUAAUGCUAAUAUAAAUGGGGCUGCCAAUGGGAACCAUACGUCCAAUCGUCAGGCUCGUAACGCUGAUAACAGCAGCUCCAAUUACUCCCACGAUAAUCAUAGCUCAGGUAGGCAAUGGACCAAUGGAGAAGACACUAGGCAUAAUAAGUCUUAUAAAAGAAACAAUAAUGAAAAGGGCAGGAGAGGAUUUUAUAAUAAUGAAGAUGACCCAACGUUUAAUAUGAAAUCAAUGUCUUCCCUUGAAACCGCCAGCCAAGGAAAUUCUGCAAGGAAGAUGACCGAGACCGAGGAAAGCAAGGAUAGGUGAAGAACCGAGUCUAGUACUUUCAAACCUUUUGGAGUAAACGAGAGGUGAACAGGGAAGGGUUCGAAUUUCCUUCUUGGAGAUGACCCCGAUGUAGAAAAAUACAUGUAUGGGAACCCUUGGUCAACCGAGAUCAAACGUCCCUUUGAAUCAAAACAUAUAGCCCAAUUUGGCCUUGAUCUAAACGACAACAGGAAACUUUCCGAAUCGUUCAAAUCUCCGUUUUACAAAUACUACAAUGAUUCCAAAGUUGACGACCUGAAAACAAUGGAUUUUAGCAAGAUCUUUGCUGAGCACGAUGAAACCUUGCUCUAUAUAUUCUACAACAUGAGCGAUGAGGAGAUCAAGGCCAAAAGCUCUAAAGAGCUUGCCAAGAAGGGAUGGAAAUUAGACUCUGACACACAAGCAUGGACCACCACAAGAGAGGUGUCCUCGAAGGGAAGCAAAAGCAAUGGAGUCACUCGUCAGUCAUCCAAGAGUAAAUCAAAGAACCGCAGAAAGGAGGAAAAUGAAAAGGAUAUUCAGAGGUGGAAGUUUGACAUUCAAAAAUGGAAUCUUCUUCCUCAAAAAUCCUCGGGAAAUGGGUGAGAAGACGAGCCUGAAAAGCGCUUGGAGAGGAUAGAUUCCCUGCCCACUGACUAGAGAAGUGGAAUGAUUUAGAGAUAUUAAAUUACGUACAUGCUGAA